UCUCUGUAUCUUUUCUAAACACUGGAGGAGCAGUUAUCUCAAUUCGCCGGAAAACGCAGCCGGGUUCAUCGUCGGCCGCCAGACUCAGAAGAGAAGACUGCGCCAUAGCAAGUGCCUCUCGAUUGAUAACAUAGACUCCUUAAGCUCAUUGGCAAGCUGACCUUGUGUGGACACAUAGGAUUUGCAAAGAACUGAUUUGGGCUGAAUUAGGGUUCUGUUGUGUUAAUCAGAAGGAUUUUCUAUUGAAUGUUUGUCUGAGAAACAUGUUGAAGCAAGCAAUUGGAAGAAUUUGCAGCAGAGGAAAUGUUUAUGUUUCUGAAGGAAACAGAGUUUUGACUUCGAUUUAUGUGCCUUUGUGUUGUUUCCACAAUGGACAAGCAAAUAUGGCUCCUAGAAGUUUUUUCGGUGUAGAGGAUUUCGUCGAUGAUGACAACAGCCGACCUUAUACAUACCAGAAAGGGAAGAAGUCAAAGAAUCCAAACAAGCAUAUAUCGUUCAAACAAAGAACGGUUGCCUACAUGGAGCCUUUUACACUUGACGUGUUUAUCUCAAAACGAUUUGUAUCAGCUUCACUCACUCAUAGAGUGACUAGUAAACAGGUUGCAGUUGCAGGUACCAACUCCAAGGACAUUAAAGCUGUUCUUAGAUCUCGAUCAGACAUACCAGCAUGCAUAGCCAUUGGUCGGAUUUUAGCUGAACGAGCAAUGGAAGCUGAUGUUUACACUGCUUCGUAUACUCCAAGGGAUCGGGAUAAGUUUGAAGGGAAAAUCAGAGCUGUAGUUCAGUCACUUAUCGAUAAUGGGGUUGAUCUCAAGGUUUAUCUUGAUUGAGUCACACAGACUCUUUUAAAGCAAACACUACCAGCCAGUUAUGUUAUUCAGAUUUUGGAUUUCUGGUUGAAGCAAUCUAGCCCCUUUGUGUGUUUCGUUAUGUCCAUGUAGCUUGGUUAAUAAGUAUUUUGAUAUCAAUACUGGUAUUGUGCACCUCUAGGGUUCCAUUUUCUGAAUCAUGUUGUUGAACCACCAAAUCAUAGGAGACCCUUGCGUUGCACUGUCAACUGUCGUCCCCUUCGCUGUAAUAUAUUGAAAAGUUCAGACAACUGAUACUUCCUAAUUUAGUAAUGACUUUUUUCUUCUUUUGUUCA